UCAUAAAAUCCCAAGAAAAAAAGAUUGUUAUGAAUAACACUUUAACAAUUAACAGUAUAUUUUUAAAUUCGAAUCGACAUAUAAUAUUUAAUGUAAAUUAUUCAAAAAUCUAAGUUCUAAUGGAUGCCGGUGAUGGAGACUACGCUGCUAUAGAGACUAAAUAUCCAUUGUUAUCUUUUGAAAAACAAAUAUUUACUGAUACAUUUGAAAAGGAUGCUCUUUUGAUACUUGCUAAAGGACUUAAUUAUAAUAAUAUUAUUACAAAUAUCCUGUGGGUUUAUAAAAACCCGGCUAACCUUGUUUUGGUCUUAAAUAGUAAUGAAUAUGAAGAGAAGUACUUUUCUGAAAACUUUAAAAUAUCACCAUUACCCAAUAUUGGAACAGAAAGGGAGAAAGCGUAUUUAGAAGGAGGUCUAUUCUUAGCAUCCACAAGGAUACUUGUAGUAGACUUACUAAAGAACCGUGUGCCUGUGAAACAUAUAACAGGAAUUAUUGUAUUACGAGCACACACAGUGCUUGAAUCCUGUCAAGAAGCAUUCGUAUUAAGGCUCUUUCGGCAAAAUAAUAAGACUGGUUUUAUAAAAGCAUUUUCAAAUUCACCAAUAUCAUUUACAUUUGGGUACAAUCAUGUAGAGAAGGUGAUGAGAGCGUUAUUUGUUACGGAAUUAUUCCUUUGGCCCAGAUUUCAUGGAAAUAUAAUAAAGUGCCUAAAAAGCAGACAGGCUCAAGUUGAAGAACUUCAUGUGCCCCUCACAUCCAAUAUGAACAACAUACAGUCCUGUUUAUUGGACAUUAUGAACUAUACUGUUAAACAACUCAAGAGCAUCAAUAAAAACAUUAAUAUGCAGGAAAUAACAACGGAGAACUGUAUCACAAAGAAAUUCCAUAAAAUCCUACAAUCACAGCUGGACUGUGUGUGGCAUCAGCUCAGUACACGAACUAAGGAGUACAUACAGGAUCUGAAGAUUUUACGAACUAUGAUUAUUAAUUUAAUACAUGAUGAUGCUGUAUCGUUCUAUGCGUUAGUAAGCAAAUACAGGACACCUGAGUAUGCCCAAGUCAAUUCGGGAUGGAUCCUUCUAGACUCCGCGGAACAUUUGUUUCGAUUGGCAAGAGGACGGGUGUACAAUUCUAAAAAUGAAUUCGACCCGGAACUUGCACCCAAAUGGCAAUGUUUGAGCGACUUAUUAAUAAAAGAAAUACCCGAUGAAGUUAAAAAGAAAAACGAAUUAUUAAACAGCACAAAAGUGCUAAUACUCUGUCUCGAUAAUAAAACAUGCUCCCAGCUAAAUCAUUUUUUAACUAUAGGCGCGAAUAAAUAUCUAUUUUAUACGGCUUUUCGACGGGAUUUGACAAUAAAUGCCGUCUCUUCGAAGUAUAAAAAUUUCAAUAAUGACAUUUCGCAACUUAGUGGAGAAAAUGAGAGUGAAGCGGAGUUUAAUAAGUCGAAUUAUGUGUUGACUCAAGUUACUCAGCCUGUAGACAAAGAGGACAGUAUGUUUGAACCAAUCACUGAGAUUGAAAACCUAGAUUUAACGCAAAUAGAAAAAGAAAAACCAAUUAUAUGCAUACAAACAUUCAAACAGAACGGAAAUCAUCUAUCACUUGAACAGACUCUAGAGGCUUUACGGCCAGAAUACAUAAUUCUGUAUCACAGCGACGUGGCCGCUGUAAGACAGAUUGAACUGUUCGAAGCCAGGAAGAAGUCAGAGGAAGCCAUGUCUAAAGUAUAUUUUAUUAUACACGAUAAAACUGUGGAAGAACAGUCGUAUCUUACGGCAUUAAGGCGAGAGAAACAGGCCUUCGAGUUGUUGAUACAGACUAAAAGUAUAAUGGUGGUACCCUCUUAUCAAGACGGUAAAACCGAUGAAUAUUUUAAUCUUAAUGUCGAAGAAACUGAAAACACAAAUGAUACGAGAAAAGCCGGUGGACAAAAUCAAGCUAAAGAAAAGCCAGUAGUUAUAGUAGAUAUGCGUGAAUUUCGCUCGGACCUACCCUCAUUACUACAUAAAAGAGGAAUAAACAUCGAGCCUGUUACUAUAACAAUUGGUGAUUAUAUUCUAACACCAGAGAUAUGCGUGGAGCGAAAAUCUAUAUCGGAUCUAAUUGGUUCGCUCAACUCCGGUCGUUUGUAUACGCAAUGUACGCACAUGUGUCGUGCGUAUACGCGACCCAUAUUGCUCAUCGAAUUCGACCAGAAUAAGCCGUUUAAUUUACAGGGUAGUUUCGUAGUGUCCUCCGACCUGUCCGGCGCAGACAUACAGCAGAAACUGCAACUUCUCACUAUACAUUUUCCGCGGCUAAAACUUGUCUGGUCACCCAGCCCAUACGCUACGGCCGAGUUAUUUUAUGAACUUAAGCAAGGAAGAAAAAACCCAAACGUAGAGGAAGCCAUAGCAUUAAGCGGUGAAAAUUCCAUUGACGAUAUUUGCUACGAAAGAUAUAACGCCUUAAUCCAUGACUUCGUACACAAAUUACCUGGAGUCACUUCCAAGAACAUUACAAGGAUUAUGAAUAGGGGCAUCUCACUUGAUCAUCUCAUUACGUUGUCGCAGGAAAGUCUUUACAAUAUUUUGGAAAAUAAAAAAGAAGCCGAAAUGUUGUAUUCCAUUCUACACAUAAAAUCUAAACCAUCAGACUCAAAGAAGGAUGAAAAACUAUUCGGAAAAAGAAAAUUUAGCGGGAAAGUCUUCAAUAAAAAAUAAUUGUAAUUAAAUAUUCUUUAAU